AUGGAGUGGGCCAAUGAGACAUUAGUGACAGAGUUUGUCUUCCUCGGCUUCUCAUCUCUGGCUGGGCUUCAACGGCUGCUCUUUGCUGUCUUCCUGCUUGUGUACUUGUUCAUGCUGGGCACCAAUGCCAUCAUCGUUUCUACCAUUGUGCUGGACAGAGCCCUCCACACCCCCAUGUACUUCUUCCUUGGUGUCCUCUCCUGCUCUGAGACUUGUUACACCUUCGUCAUUGUACCCAAGAUGCUGGUUGACCUGCUGGCCCAGAAGAAGACCAUCUCCUUCCUGGGCUGUGCCAUCCAGAUGUUUUCCUUCCUCUUUCUAGGUUGCUCUCACUCCUUCCUGCUGGCAGCCAUGGGUUAUGAUCGCUACGUGGCCAUCUGUGACCCUCUGCGCUACACAGUGCUCAUGGGGCAUGGGGUGUGCGUGGGACUCGUGGCUGCUGCCUGUGCCUGCGGCUUUACUGUCGCACAGAUCAUCACAUCCUUGGUAUUUCACCUGCCCUUUCACUCCUCCAACCAACUACACCACUUCUUCUGUGACAUCUUUCCUGUCCUCAAGCUGGCAUCGCAUCACUCUUACCUCAGUCAGUUGGUCGUUUUUGUGCUUGGUGUAUUUGCCUUGAUUAUUCCCCUGUUACUUAUCCUGGUCUCCUACAUCCACAUCAUCUCUGCCAUUCUAAAAAUCCCAUCAUCUGUUGGAAGAUACAAAACCUUCUCUACAUGUGCCUCUCAUCUCAUUGUGAUAACUGUUCAUUAUGGUUGUGCCUCUUUCAUUUACUUAAGGCCCAAAUCCAAUUACUCAACAAGUCAAGACACCCUAAUAUCUGUGUUUUAUACCAUCCUCACACCACUAUUCAACCCAAUGAUUUACAGCCUGAGAAAUAAGGAAUUCAAAUCAGCUCUUCAAAGAACAAUGGCCCAAACUUCAUGUCUUGUUAAUUAA